ACGCCCCGUGCGUGCUGACGCCGCGCGGCGGGCGCGGGGCCGGGCAGCCGCCGGUGCCGCCAUGGGGGACCCGCCGCGCCGGCCGCGCUCGCUGUUCCUGGCCGGGCUGGCCGCCGCCUACCUGGCUGCCUUCGCCUCGCUCUACGUGCAGAUCCCCGGGCUCUACGGCAGGGAUGGCAUCCUGCCCGCCCGCAAGGUGCUGCGCCUGAGCGGGAAGGGGCUGUGGGAGCAGUUUCGGGACAUGCCCACCAUGCUGUGGCUGGGGCCCCGCCUGGGGCUGGACACGGAGCAGGGGAUGGAGCUGCUGUGCGUGCUGGGAGCGCUCGGCUCCCUCGGCGCGCUGCUGUUCGAGGCGCUGCGGGACAGCCUGCUCUUCGCCCUGCUCUGGCUGCUCUACCUCUCGCUCUACCAGGUGGGGCAGGUUUUCCUCUACUUCCAGUGGGACAGCCUGCUGCUGGAAGCGGGGUUCCUGGCGGUGCUGGUGGCCCCCCUGCGCCUGCUGCGGGGGGGCUCGGCAGCCUGGCGUCCCCACGACGGUGUCACCUUCUGGCUGGUGCGCUGGCUGCUCUUCCGGCUGAUGUUUGCCUCGGGGGUGGUGAAGCUGACCAGCCGCUGCCCCACAUGGUGGGGGCUCACAGCUCUCACCUACCACUACGAGACGCAGUGCAUUCCCACGCCGGGCGCCUGGUUCGCCCACCAGCUGCCCGUCUGGUUCCAGAAGUUCAGCGUGGUAGCCACCUACGUCAUCGAGAUCGCCGUGCCCGUCCUCUUCUUUGCACCCGCGCGCCGACUGCGCCUCUUCGCCUUCUACUGCCAGGUGCUGCUGCAGCUCCUCAUCAUCCUCACGGGUAACUACAACUUCUUCAAUGCACUCACCAUCGUCCUGGCCUUCUCACUGCUGGACGAGGAGCACGUGGGGCGCUGGCUGGGCCGCACCAGGAGGAGACAUAGCAGCGCCUGGCCCCCCAGCCUGCGCUCCCUGCUCUCCGCCCUGCUCGAGCUCAGCGCCUACGGGCUCCUGCUCUACGGGAGCAUCCGCUGCUUCGGCCUGGAGAUCAACUGGGAGAAGAGGCUGCUGGACUCCAAAGUAGCCUUCACCUACCACGAAUUCACGACGUGGCUGCGGACGGUGACGCUGCCGCUGGUGGGACUGGGCUUCCUCUCGCUGUCCUGGGAGAUCCUGGUGGCCAUGUACAGGUGUGCCUGUGUCCGCGGAUGCUUCUGGAAGCUGUGGGCUGCGCUGCAGUGGGCCGUGUUUGCCACAGCCACCCUGGGGAUGUUCGCCAUCAGCCUGGUGCCAUUCACCUACAUUGACUACGAGUCCAAUGGCAAACUGUGGCCCGGCAUCCACCAGAUGUUCAACGCGGUUGAGCGGUUCCAGGUGGUGAAUUCCUACGGGCUGUUCCGCAGGAUGACGGGCGUGGGGGGGCGGCCCGAGGUGGUGCUGGAGGGCAGCUACGACCGGCAGAGCUGGACGGAGAUCGAGUUCAUGUACAAGCCGGGGAACGUCAGCAGGGCCCCCCCCGUGGUGAUCCCUCACCAGCCGCGCCUGGACUGGCAGAUGUGGUUUGCGGCGCUGGGCCCCCACACCAGCAGCCCCUGGUUCACCAGCUUCGUGCACCGGCUGCUGCAGGGCCAGCGUGAUGUGAUCCGCCUGGUGCAGGUGGACGAGUCCCUGUACCCCUUCAGCGCCCGGCCCCCCCUCUUCAUCCGCGCCCGCCUUUACAAGUACUGGUUCACCAGCAGCGCCGAGGGCAGCCCGGGCCCGGCACAGUGGUGGCGGCGGCAACACGUCCAGGAGUUCUUCCCCUCCGUGUCCCUGGGGGACCCGGCGCUGGAGAGUCUGCUCAGCCAGCACGGCCUGAAGGACAAGCCGCCGCUGUCGCGCCCGGCAGACGCCAUCCUGCCCCGGCUGCUGCGGUCCCUGCGCCAGCUCAGCCAGCCCUGCUCCGGCCCCGUCCUGCUCUGGUCCCUCUACCUGGUGGCCGCCACCGCCUGUGUCCUGCGUGCCCUGCGCCGCCGGCCCCGGGGGGGCUCGCCCCCCGCCCGCCACAAAGGGCCCCGCCGGGGGGAGCCUGCGGACCGGGGGGGUGGCGAGAAGAACGGGCAGGUGCGGAGGAAGGAAGAGGAGAGGGGCGAGGGCCGCGCCCGGGGGGGCACCGAUGGCCACAGCGACGGCCGUGCCCGGGGGGGCACCGAUGGCCACAGCGACGGCCCCCGCGGGUCCAAGAAGAAGAAGUAGCGCCUGGAGCUGGCCCAGCCCCGUCUUCCCCCCACGGACUGACAGCCUUGCCUGCAGCCCCCUCCUGCCCCUUCCCCUUGCCGGGGGGGCCAUGGCUAGGGAGCGGCAGCUCUCCCCCCAGCUGCCUGCCCGGGACGAGCUCCUGCCCGCUCCCCUGCCCGUGCCUUCCUGCACCGCGCAGGCAGCAGCGCCAGCAGAGCCUUCUGCCCCCCUCCUGGCCCCCCCAGGGCUGUGCCGGGCUGGGGGGACUCUGUGCUUGGGGGGGAUGCUCUGUGCCAGGGGGGUGCUGCUGCACUGGGGGGGCUGCACUGUGCUCUGCAUGGGCAGCCCCCUGCUCCCCUGCCUGGGGCAGUUUGGGCGCUGCCCCGCAGUCCCGGGGCGGGGGCUCUGGCGCUGCCCCCCAGCCCCGGGGGGCUCUGCUGUCCCGCGCUUCCCCGGGCUCGGCACUGAGCACAGAGCUUUCCUAUAAUUUUCUAAAUAAAGCCUUUGACAUUCCAGA